ACCGUGCCGGUACUUCGACCCCCAGCUGAUGAGAGCCUAUGAGACGCUAAAGUCCAGAGGCGAGAAGUUCCAGGUGAUCUUCGUGUCUGCUGACCGCUCAGAGGAAGCCUUCCAGCGCCAUGUUGCCGGCAUGCCGUGGCUGACUGUACCGUAUGAUGACCCCAGGAACCAGGCAGUGAAGAAACAUUUUGGGGUGGAUGGCAUUCCUAUGCUGGUGUUGGUUGAUGAGAAGGGGAACAUCAUCACCAUGAAUGGCAGACAGGCAGUCGCUGAAGAUGAGAAGUGCAAGGAUUUCCCCUGGUACCCACAACCCAUCGAAGAGCUCACAGCUUUAUCUUCGCUUCACCUGAAUGAGAACAUGUGUGUUAUCUAUUUCACAGAUGGGACAGAACCUGGUCUUAAACAAGGGAGAGCAGUGCUGUCUGAUGCAGCUAAUAAAGAAGCCGAGAAAGGAGAAGAGAGGGACCUUUUCUUUUUUGUGGCAGGGGAGGAUGAAAUCUCUGAUAAUGUACGAGACUUUGCCGACCUGGAUGAUACAUGCCCUCUUCUGAUAGUACUAGACAGCCCAGAACAGAACGUCUAUAUCUGCAACGAGGUGAAGGUCACGUCUAAAAUAGCAACAGAAUUUAUUGACAAAUUUCUGCGAGGGGAGCUAACCCCGGUCCCCAUCACACCCCUGUGUGCUGAUGGAAAUCAAGCUUCAGCGAUAAUAUAAAAGAUCAUUCUUUUUGUAUUCUGGAAAGUUAUCUUUCCUUGAAUUUCCCAGGAUUUUAAAUUUCUUCAAAUUUAUUACAGACUGUGAAAUGUGGAUAAUUAAACAAUUGUGGAACUGUUUCAUUUCUUAAUAUUUCAAUGGAAUAUAAUGGAUAGUUUAUUCCAAUUUGGUUUAUCCAUAAAAUGACAAAUUAUACAACUGCAACUAUUUGUGAUGUGUUUAAAAUUUUCAUGGGCAAUUUUCUUUUAUGUGAUUAACAGAAGCAGACAACUCUGCUGAAAUCUCCUUUCAUUAAGAAGGGAAAUAAUUGAGGUCGAACUAUAAACAAGGACCUACAUUAAUCUCUGGCUCACAAAAAUCAUUCAUACCUGACAUAUUUAGCACAUUUUUAAACGUUUCCAUUUGUUCUAAGUUCAUUUCACUCAAAUUUUCAAAUAGGCCUACUUAGAUUACUACUUGUUAUGUAGAGUAUAAUCUGAAUCUAGAUUUAACUUUUUUUCUAUGUGUUCUCAAUCAAAUCUUCUUUUAUUUCAAAUGCAAAAACUAAACUAUUCUUUAAUCUUUUUAUUUAAAAAGUUAAAUGUUUUUUCUAUACCUUCAAAUGGUAUUUUUUUACUUCCUGAAUUAAAAAUGAAUUUUUUCAACAUGUAAUUAAAGACUAAUUAUAAAAUGAUCUUUUGCCUGACAACUGUUUUCAAAUUGUUGUAAGUAGCUUUGUACUUUUCUGAUGUUACAUUUAGCAGUCCUGAUUCAUGUGGACUAUUCAGUAAUUUGUAAACAACAGUAGAUUUCUUGACUUGUGUGCUUCAAUGGGAAUAAGUAUGUUAAAGUUGUUACAUUUUUUUGUACUUUAAAGCUGCAUUAGUGUUGUGUAUGUGCAUUUGAAAUGAGAAAUUGUAAAAACAAUGAUCAUGAAUGUUUUAUCGAUUCAUUAAAUGUGCAUGUUAUUUUUACAUCAAAUAUUUUAAUCAGUACUUUGGAAAUGUGUGCUGAGUUACUGCCCUUAUAGCAGACUUGUCAGUGAAUGGUUGCUAAGAUAAACAUGUCAGUAAAUGGUUGCUAAGAUAAACAUUUCAGUAAAUGGUUGCUAAGAUAAACAUUUCAGUAAAUGGUUGCUAAGAUAAACAUGUCAGUAAAUGGUUGCUAAGAUAAACAUGUCAGUAAAUGGUUGCUAAGAUAAACAUGUCAGUAAAUGGUUGCUAAGAUAAACAUGUCAGUAAAUGGUUGCUAAGAUAAACAUUUCAGUAAAUGGUUGCUAAGAUAAACAUGUCAGUAAAUGGUUGCUAAGAUAAACAUGUCAGUAAAUGGUUGCUAAGACAAACAUGUCAGUAAAUGGUUGCUAAGAUAAACAUUUCAGUGAUAUAGUUGUGUUGUCAUGGUCUCUGUGGUUGCAUGUAGUGAUAUCUUUAUUUCUACAUUGUAGUCUACGUCUUAUUUUUUAAACACUGUUUUCAUUAUUUCCUGAAGUAAAUGUCCAUUUACAGUAGUUGCCAAAUCCAUUUUACAAAACAUCCAGUCCA